CAUCUACACAUAAACAGAUUUUUUCCAGCCACACACACACCCCCGCCCCUGAUCCAUCAUCACUGUGAGGGAUAUAUUUGAAUGACAAUGCUUUAUGCUGUGCAACCACACAGCUGCCCUUUCUUUUUUUUUUUAUAAAGCACAGUGCCUUGGCUCAGGGACAGCAUUGACUGACCGCUAAUACAGUCUGAUGCCAACAUAACCAUGGCGAAGAUAAUUUUUUACGAGGACAGAAACUUCCAGGGGCGCUCUCAUGAGUGCAGCAGCGACAGUGCUGACCUGCACUCCUACUUUAACAGAUGCAACUCCAUCAAGGUAGAGAGCGGCUGCUUCAUGGUCUACGAGAAGCCCAACUACAUGGGCAACCAGUACUACCUAAGGAAAGGAGAGUACUCUGAUAACCAGCGUAUGAUUGGCAUGAAUGACUGUGUCAGAUCUUGCCGUUUGAUCCCCCAGUACCAAGGCUCCUACAGGAUGAGGCUUUACGAACACUCUGACAUGUCCGGCCAGAUGCACGAGCUGGUGGACGACUGCCCAAAUGUCCAGGACCGCCUCAGCAUGUCCGACUUCAACUCCUGUAACGUGAUGGACGGCCACUGGCUGAUGUACGACCAGCCCAACUACAAGGGCAGAGCGUACUACCUGAGGCCCGGAGAGUACAGGAGAUACAGCGACUGGGGAGGCGUCAGCCCGAGAGUCGGCUCCCUCAGGAGAAUCAGUGACUUGAACUGAAGUCCAGCUUCUUUUCAAUGCAUUUUUUGCAUCUGUUUAAUAAUAAAUAAAUAAUAAAUAAACUUCAUUUGCUUCAUAAAACAUUCAUACUUUUCUUCUGUUUA